AUGGUUACUCCUGUGGUGAAGCACAAGAUCAUCAAGAAGCGCACUGCUCCCUUCAAGCGCCAUCAAUCCGACCGUUUCGCUCGUGUUGGUGAAUCGUGGAGAAAGCCCAAGGGUAUCGACAAUGCUAUGCGUCGUCGCUUCAAGGGUCAAGCUGCUAUGCCCAAGAUUGGUUACGGCUCUGCCAAGAAGACCCGCCACAUGUUGCCCAACGGUUUCCGCAAGUUCACCGUUAGCAACGUUAAGCAACUCGAUCUUUUGUUGAUGCACAACCGUUCCUACGCUGCUGAGAUCGCCCACAACGUUUGCGCCAAGAAGCGUGUUGAAAUCAUUGAACGUGCUGCUCAACUCAACGUCAAGGUCAUCAACGCUGGUGCUCGUCUCCGCUCCCAGGAGUAA